UAAAAUAUUUAUUUGAAAAGGAAAAUAAUAUUUGAAUAAAAUGGCAGACAAUGAGGAAUCCAAGACCAAACCUUUCAAAGGUGCUCAGGUUCUUUGGCCACCAGACAUCCCAGACGACAUCCUCGAAGACGUCGUGGACAUAGCAGCCAAGACCCUCGAAGAGAAAGGCUUCGAAGAAGGCGUCGAAGUCGCUAGGAUAGUCAAACAGCACCUUGAUGAGAAGUGGGAACCCUAUUGGCACGUAUUCCUUGGGAAAAGCUUUGGGUGCCACUCAGUUCAUGAACGAGAAAGGUUCGUCUAUUUCACAUUUGAGGAGUCAAACAUCUCUUUUUUAAUCUACAAAGCAUCUUAGAGACCUAAUAAUGGUCAAUGGCUCAUGUAGCAGGCACAGGUCGUUUUUAUAAUUAUUAAUAUCUU